UUAUAAAGAUGGCUUUUAUAAAAAAGGAGAGUGAAGACAUAAAGAUGCCGUUUAUUAAAGAGGAGAUUGAAGACGUGAAGAUUGAAGAAACCUUCAGUGUGAAACAAGAAGAAACUGAGGAACAAACAGGCCUGAUGCUGCUGAAAAUGGAAAGUCAAGUACUGAAUGAAAAGGAAGAGAAAGAUUAUGAAGACCUAACUGAAGAAAAAUAUUUUAGUUGCUCACAGACUAAUAAGACUUCCACACUAAAAAGAGCUCAGAAGACAGGAACUAGAACUCUCACCUGCUCUCAGUGUGGAAGGAGAUUCAAUCUACAUGGAGACCUUAAAAGACACAUGAGAAUUCACACUGGAGAGAAGCCUUUCACCUGCCAACAGUGUGGAAAGAGUUUCACUCAAAAAGGAAGUCUUGUCAUCCACAUGAGAAUUCACACAGGAGAGAAGCCAUUCACAUGCCCUCAUUGUGGAAAGAGUUUCGCUCAAAAGGGACAUCUUAAAGGCCACAUGAUAAUUCACACUGCAGAGAAGCCUUUUGCCUGCCAACAGUGUGGAAAAGGUUUUCCAGGAAAGGCAAGCCUUGAUAGACACAUGAGAAUUCACACUGGAAAGAAGCCUUUCACCUGUCGACAGUGUGGAAAGAGUUUCAGAUUUAAAGGAAACAUUAAAGUCCACAUGAGAGUUCACACUAAAGAGAAGCCUUUCACCUGCCAACAGUGUGGAAAGAGUUUCACUUAUAAUGGAAGCCUUAAAGUCCACAUGAGAGUUCACACUAAAGAGAAGCCUUUCACCUGCCAACAGCGUGGAAAGAGUUUCACUAAUAAUGGAAGCCUUAAAGUCCACAUGAGAGUUCACACUGGAGAGACACCCUUCAUCUGCCAACAGCGUGGAAAGAGUUUGACUCAAAUCGAAAGACUUAAAGUCCACAUGAGAGUUCACACUAAAGAGAAGCCUUUCACCUGCCAACAGUGUGGAAAAACAUUCACUCAAAAAGAUAGCCUUAAAGUCCACAUGAGAAUUCACACUGGAGAGAAGCCUUUCACCUGCCAACAGUGUGGAAAGAGUUUCAGAUUUAAAGGAAACAUUAAAGUCCACAUGAGAGUUCACACUAAAGAGAAGCCUUUCACCUGCCAACAGUGUGGAAAAACAUUCACUCAAAAUGAAAGCCUUAAAGUACACAUGAGAAGUCACACUCGAGAGAAGGAUUUCACCUGCCAACAGUGUGGAAAGAGUUUCAUUCAAAAAGGAAGUCUUAUCAACCACAUGAGAGUUCACACUGGAGAGAAGCCAUUCACAUGCCCUCAGUGUGGAAAGGGUUUCACUCAAAAGGGGCAUCUUAAAGGCCACAUGAUAAUUCACACUGGAGAGAAGCCUUACACCUGCCAACAGUGUGGAAUGAAUUUCAAUCUUAAAGGAAACCUUAAUUCCCACAUGAGAAUUCACACUGGAGAGAACCCCUUCAUCUGUCAACAGUGUGGAAAAACAUUCACUCAAAACGAUAGCCUUAAAGUCCACAUGAGAAUUCACACUGGAGAGAAGCCUUUUACCUGCCAACAGUGUGGCAGGAGUUUCAGAUUUAGAGGAAACCUUAAUUGCCACAUGAAAAUUCAUUAAAGAAAGGACUGUUAUAUAUGUCGUAAGUGUGUAAGCAGCUUCACGAACAGGAAUCAUCUUUAAACAGACUCAAACCCAAAGAUUCGAAAAAAAUGAACUAAUCAUUCCUCUUUCCGGUACUGACAGCAUAGCCUCUAUGGGACUGACAGGAAGAACGAAAGACUCGGACCCGGCCGAACUCGAGAUUCGAAAGAUGAACUAAUCAUUACUCUUUCCGGUACUGACAGCAUAGCCUCUAUAGGACUGACAGGAAGAACGAAAGACUCGGACCCAGCCGAAUUCGAGACUCGAAAGAUGAACUAAUCAUUACUCUUUCCGGUACUGACAGCAUAGCCUCUAUAGGACUGACAGGAAGAACGAAAGACUCGGACCCGGCCGAACCCGAACUCGAGACUCGAAAGAUGAACUAAUCAUUCCUCUUUCCGGUACUGACAGCAUAGCCUCUAUAGGACUGACAGGAAGAACGAAAGACUCGGACCCGGCCGAACCCGAACUCGAGACUCGAAAGAUGAACUAAUCAUUACUCUUUCCGGUACUGACAACAUAGCCUCUAUGGGACUGACAGGAAGAACGAAAGACUCGGACCCGGCCGAACCCGAACUCGAGACUCGAAAGAUGAACUAAUCAUUCCUCUUUCCGGUACUGACAGCAUAGCCUCUAUGGGACUGACAGGAAGAACGAAAGACUCGGACCCGGCCGAACCCGAACUCGAGACUCGAAAGAUGAACUAAUCAUUACUCUUUCUGGUACUGACAGCAUAGCCUCUAUAGGACUGACAGGAAGAACGAAAGACUCGGACCCACCUGAACUCGAGACUCGAAAGAUGAACUAAUCAUUACUCUUUCCGGUACUGACAGCAUAGCCUCUAUAGGACUGACAGGAAGAACGAAAGACUCGGACCCGGCCGAACCCGAACUCGAGACUCGAAAGAUGAACUAAUCAUUCCUCUUUCCGGUACUGAUAGCAUAGCCUCUAUGGGACUGACAGGAAGAACGAAAGACUCGGACCCGGCCGAACCCGAACUCGAGACUCGAAAGAUGAACUAAUCAUUCCUCUUUCCGGUACUGACAGCAUAGCCUCUAUGGGACUGACAGGAAGAACGAAAGACUCGGACCCAGCCGAACUCGAGACUCGAAAGAUGAACUAAUCAUUACUCUUUCCGGUACUGACAGCAUAGCCUCUAUAGGACUGACAGGAAGAACGAAAGACUCGGACCCAGCCGAACUCGAGACUCGAAAGAUGAACUAAUCAUUACUCUUUCCGGUACUGACAGCAUAGCCUCUAUGGGACUGACAGGAAGAACGAAAGACUCGGACCCAGCCGAACUCGAGACUCGAGACUCGAAAGAUGAACUAAUCAUUACUCUUUCCGGUACUGACAGCAUAGCCUCUAUAGGACUGACAGGAAGAACGAAAGACUCGGACCCGUCCGAACCCGAACUCGAGACUCGAAAGAUGAACUAAUCAUUACUCUUUCCGGUACUGACAGCAUAGCCUCUAUAGGACUGACAGGAAGAACGAAAGACUCAGACCCGGCCGAACCCGAACUCGAGACUCGAAAGAUGAACUAAUCAUUACUCUUUCCGGUACUGACAGCAUAGCCUCUAUAGGACUGACAGGAAGAACGAAAGACUCGAACCCGGCCGAACCCGAACUCGAGACUCGAAAGAUGAACUAAUCAUUCCUCUUUCCGGUACUGACAGCAUAGCCUCUAUAGGACUGACAGGAAGAACGAAAGACUCGAACCCGGCCGAACUCGAGACUCGAAAGAUGAACUAAUCAUUACUCUUUCCGGUACUGACAGCAUAGCCUCUAUGGGACUGACAGGAAGAACGAAAGACUCGGACCCGGCCGAACCCGAACUCGAGACUCGAAAGAUGAACUAAUCAUUCCUCUUUCCGGUACUGACAGCAUAGCCUCUAUGGGACUGACAGGAAGAACGAAAGACUCGGACCCGGCCGAACCCGAAGACUCGAGAGAUGAACUAAUCAUUUCUGUUUCCAGUACAGAUUCAGAACCCACAUGUUGCGCAAUGCGCAUGCGCGGUCAACACAAAAUGAACGAAUCACUCUCUGAGACAACUCGGUAGUCCCGAGUCAUAUUAAAGAUUCGUUCAAAAUGAACGACACAUCACUAGCGUCACUCUCAGCUAAUCCCAGCCACUGCUGAACUUGCCAUCUCUGCCGUGUUUGUGUUUUUUUCGGGAUUAUUUCAUACAAUACACGAGCUAUACCUCCGCCCACGCCGCUGGAUUCCGCCGUUGUCGAGUAUGGAGAGCACAACCAGCGCUGUAUUUCCAGUUGUUUUCCUCGCAUGCACUAAUGGAUGUCUGACAAUUUCUUUGCUUUUUGGAGUUUAGAUUUAAAAACGUCUGUAGAUAUAGAGACCACACUCGUUAUGCGCUACUGUUGCUCUCACGGAACAGAUGCUUAUUUAACUUUAGUGUUAAAUAAAAAGUACCGCAGAUGAAA